CAUAUAAAAAUUCAUUUCACCCCAAAGAGACCAUGACCCAUAGGUUGAGAACUGUGGCUCUAAGUCAAAUGAUUGAUGGACAUCCAUCUACAUAUGAACUCACAGCAACUAAGUUUUUACAGACUCUGAUAAUUCAAAUAAACAGAAGUGUGAAGAUGCUCAAUUUCACAGAUGUGACAGAAUUUGUCCUUUUGGGCUUAACCAGCAACAAAGAACUGCAAGUUCUCUUCUUUGUCAUUUUUCUCAUGGUCUACAUAGUUACCAUGGUGGGAAACAUUGGCAUGAUGAUAUUAAUUAAGAUCAGUCCACAGCUGAGCAGCCCAAUGUACUUUUUCUUGAGCCAUUUGUCAUUUAUUGAUGUGUGGUUUUCUUCCAACAUCACUCCAAAAAUGCUGGAAAACUUAUUGUCAAAGACAAAAACAAUUUCUUAUGCUGGCUGCUUGGUACAGUGUUUCUUCUUCAUUGCCCUUGUUCAUGUGGAAAUCUUCAUUCUUUCUGUGAUGGCCUUUGAUAGGUACAUGGCCAUUGGAAAGCCUCUACUCUAUGGCAGCAAAAUGUCUAGGGUGGUUUGCAUUCGACUUAUUUCUUUCCCCUAUAUAUAUGGGUUUUUGACUAGUCUGGCUGCAACUUUAUGGACUUAUGGCUUGUACUUCUGUGGGAAAACUGAGAUCAACCACUUCUACUGUGCAGACCCACCCCUCAUUAAGAUGGCCUGUGCAGGGACUUUUGUGAAAGAAUAUACAAUGCUAUUUCUUGCAGGCAUUAACUUCACGUAUUCCUUGAUUGUUGUCAUGAUCUCCUACCUGUUCAUUCUCAUUGCCAUUCUCAGAAUGCGCUCAGCAGAAGGCAGGCGCAAGGCAUUUUCCACCUGUGGGUCUCACCUCACAGCUGUUGGCAUAUUUUAUGGCACUCUCAUCUUCAUGUACCUCAGACGACCCACUGAGGAGUCAGUGGAGCAAGGAAAGAUGGUGGCCGUGUUCUAUACCACAGUGAUCCCCAUGUUGAAUCCCAUGAUCUACAGUCUGAGGAACAAGGAUGUCAAGGAAGCCAUGGACAAAGUAUUUACCAAGAAGUUCUUAACAAAAUGAAUAUAACAUUUCCUGUUUUGUUUUCUAUAAUUUUUCAGGAAAAAAAAUGGUACUCUGUCAACCAUAAGAAUAGGAUUGUUAAGAUUCUUCAUGGGUAGGGAGAUAAUAUAGGACAAACAAGUUAGAGUAUAACAAAAUGAAUUGUGAAUUGUUGAUGAAUGCAUUGAAAAUUGAUUCCAAUGUAUAAAAUACAUGUAAUGGCUCUACUUGGAGCUCUUAGGCCAGUAGGUUAAAAUUUAAUAUGCUUAAAUAAUAAUGUGCAAUAUAUUAUUUCUUAUUUAAAUUUGUAUUAGGUAAGUUCUCUGAGGCUUUUAUCCAUUUAGAAAUUGGUUUGCCAGAUAUGAAAUAGCAUAUUUAAGUUACGUUCCUAUAUGAGAACAGGAGUAAUUUUGCAUUAUGCUUUUUGGCUGGUUUUCCUUCACAGGUUUUUUUAAAGUUAGGGUAAGGUCAAUUUAAUUAGCAUAAUUUUGAAAUUAAGACCAUGACCUGUCUAAUGCUCUCUCAGAUACUUUUAGACACAGCAUGUUUCUCAUUAUUUUUCUAUACUUCCAAUUUUAAAAUUCAUAAGAUCAUAUAUUUCACUUCUCAAGUCUCUUUGUUCUUUUGUUCUAUCUAUAUUCAGAUUGAUAAAAAUGCAGGGAGUAGUUGAGAGUGGAUAUGUACUUUUAUAAUAUAUGUCCUUUUGAAUUAACUUAGUAAAUUAAGCUAACAUUCCUCUAGAAUAUUUUGUCAGUCUAUGGUACUAACAUAUUUAACUUAAGUUUUGCACUUGAAUUUGAAAAAAAUUAUUCAAAAAUUAUUUGUGUUUUAAAACUUGUCAAACAAAUUUAACACAGAAUGAUAUAUAUUUCAUAUUGUUCACUUAAAUAAUAUAAGAAUGUGCAGAUAAUUUAACAACUUACUUUAUUGAAAUUUAUAUUCUUUAAAAACAACUUGGUGAUAUAAAAAUAUACAGCUUAACAAGUGUAAGUUAUAAUACAUAUUUUCUUCUUUUCAGUUUUUUCUUGAGUUAUUAUAUAUUAUGUCAUAAUUUCUUGGUGCAAAUGUGUUUAUUCAAUGGACUUUAUUAUAAU